GUGGCCUUAACACAAGGAUUUCCUUCCAAAAAUGCAGGCCCAUUUUAAUUAAAUUUGUAACUAACCUUUGGGAGGGCAGGCCCCGGAUUCCGUUUGCUUUUGGACACACCAACAAGAUGGGAGUCACGGCUGUGUUUAUCCUGCCUCUGCUGCUCCUGGGAAUCAGUGGCCUUCUCUUCAUCUACCAAGAGGUGUCCCGGCUGUGGUCAAAGUCAGCCGUCCAGAACAAAGUGGUGGUGCUCACUGAUGCCAUCUCAGGACUGGGCAAGGAGUGUGCUCGGGUGUUCCACGCUGGUGGGGCGAGGCUGGUGCUGUGUGGGAAGAACUGGGAGAGGCUAGAGACCCUGUAUGAUGCCCUGAUCAGCGUGGCUGACCCCAGCAAGGUAAGGGCUUCUGGCAGCUGGCUUGGGGAUGCCCUUGGGCACCCUUAACCUUCAC